AUGAAACAAGAGUCUGUUGUUUCACCUAGUGAUUCGAUACAUUUAUCUUGGGAAAACAUAUCGGCGCGUAUCAGUCCAAAAGCGUCAUCACGAAGAAGUGGCUUUAGUGAAAUAUUAAAGAGGAAAUUUCGUUCAAAUUACACAGAACCAACAGAAAAACAGUUGCUACACAGUAUAUCUGGGUAUGCCAUUCCAGGCAAAAUUUUGGCCAUUCUCGGUCCAUCUGGUGCAGGUGAGCAAAAGGCUUUACCGGGACUGCAUGGUAGACAAGAAGAUGGCAUGAAUGUUGAAGGCAAUUUAUUUAUGAAUGGAGUUAAUUUAUUAAAAAUGAAUAAAUUGUUAAUGACAAAAUGUGGUUAUGUUGAACAACAUGAAUUAUUCAUCGGAACAAUGACUAUCAAAGAACAUUUGAUAUUUCAGGCCAUGCUACGUAUGAAAUCGUCAAUAAGUGAUUCUGAUCGUCGCGCACGUGUUCAAGAAGUUUUGUCAAUAAUGGAUUUGGAGACAUGUCAAAACACAAUUAUUGGUGUACCUGACAAAUUAAAAGGUAUCAACAAUGUUGAAAUGAAACGUUUGACAUUUGCAAGUGUGAUAUUGAACGAUCCAAAACUAUUGAUUGUCGAUGAACCAACAUCCGGACUUGAUUUCCACUUGGCAAAAUCAGUUGUAAACAUUAUGAAAAAGUUGACAGACGCAGGGAAAACGAUGAUCACUGUUAUCAAUGAACCCACAUCAGAGAUUUACUCCUUGCUUGAUAUGGUUUGCUUAUUAGUGAAUGGAAAACAGGUCUAUUUCGGGGACCGUACUGGUGCAAUGGAAUUUUUUGCAUCAUGUCUACAAUGUCCAUGUCCAUUCAAUUAUAAUCCUGCAGAAUAUUAUUUAACACAGUUAUCCACAUCUACAAAUAAUAAUGAAUUUAUUGAAAAAUGUAUCGAAGCAUUUCAGCAUUCACCAUAUAAUCAAACGAUGAUCGAAAUGAUCCAUGCGGUAGGAGGAGCACCACAAGAUGGUGUACUAGCUGAUCGUUUUGUUGCUGUUGUUGAAAGAAGUUGUGAUGAACUUUGA